AUGUCUCCCAAGAUCGUCACCGUCGUUGGUGCUACCGGCGCCCAAGGCAAAGGCGUUGUGCGCGGCUUCAUCAAUAACCCAGCCUACAAAGUCCGCACCAUUACCCGCAACCCUUCCAGCGCAGCAGCCAAGGCCCUCGCAGACCAGGGCGCCGAGGUUGUAGCAGCCGACCUGGACGACCUCGCUAGCCUCAAGACCGCCUUCGCGGGCUCGCACAUUAUUUUCGGCGUGACUGACUUCUUCGCGCCCUUCAUCGCCCACCAGUCCCCUGAGAAAGCAAUGGACGUCGAAGAGCAGCAGGGAAUCAACCUCGCCCGUGCCGCGGCCGCCACCUCGACCCUGGAGCACUACAUCUGGAGCACCCUGCCCAACUCCGAAGCCCUGUCCAAUAACAAGUUCCUCGUCCCGCACUUCUCCGGCAAGAACCGCAUCGACAAGUACAUCCGGACACAGGAGCCCGCCCUCCUAGCCAAGACUACCUUUUUAUUCGUCACCUGGUACCAUAGCAACUACUCGUUCCCGGUCUUCCGCCCUGUACACGUCCCUAUCGCAGACAAACAGGUCUUAAUCGGCGCGUACGACCCGACCACGCCGAUCCAAACGAUCGGCGAUGUGUCGGUGAACCUCGGCGCUUUUGUACGUGCGGCGGUUGAGCAGCCGGAGAAGACGCUCGGCGGGAAGACGGUGCUGGCGGCGAUUGAGACGCAUGCCGCUGCGGAGCAGUUUGCGUUGUGGGCGAAGGCCAAGGGUAAGCAGGCGCAGUAUUUGAAGAUUGAUGGACAGGCGUAUCGCGAGCUGUGGCCGCUGUGGGGCGAGGAGAUGGGAGUGAUGAUGGACUUUUGGGAGUGGGCGCGGGAGAACAGCUGGACGCUGCCUGGGGGUGAGAAGGUUGUUGGGCGGGAGGAGCUGGGGAUUACGGGGGUGCAGAGUUUGGAGGAGGCCUAUAAGGGGUAUGAGCUCUGA